AUGAUCGCAGCUCUUCGGACUGUUCGUUGCGCUUCCGGCUCUUGCUUCAAGGAUGGCAGUCUCCAAUGCGCCAAAUGCAGAGUGACCUACUACUGCAGCAAGACUUGCCAGAAGAACCACUGGGCCAAGCACAAGAAACACUGCUUUGCUCACAAACCAUUGCCUAAGGGUACUUUUGGGUUUCUGAAGCUCCGUCGCGAGAUUCGUGACAAGAUAUAUGAACGCCUCCUCAUCGCUCGCUACACACCCGACCAGCAGCACGAGUACGAUGACCUCACCAGUGCCACCGGCGAUCGCUUCAGUAUCAGAAACCUCCUAGACCAAGUCGAGGAGCGUGUGAUGAUCAGCCCCGGCACUCCCCUCUGGGAUGUCAAGGGCUACCAGCCUCUCGUCCAUGCCAGAGGACUGCUCAACGCCAACAAACAGAUCAACGAAGAACUCACCCACACCCUCUUCACCAAGAACAUCUUCAUCACUCCUGUGGGCGAGUACUUCCGCUAUGCUACUCCCGGUCAACUGUUUGCCUACAAGCUCAACCCUACCUCUCUGGCUCAGAUCAAGCAUCUAGUCAUCAGCGUGUCCACUGAACUUGACAUCAGACAUCCCAACCACAGCGAUGGUGUUGCUGCUCUCAAGCACAACUUCAACCACAUCGUCCAGAGUCUCAAUCAGCUGGGCAACAAGCUCGAGUCACUCAAGAUCCGCUUCAUCAGCUGCUUCGCCGGUAGAGUCGAGGAGAUGCGCGGAGACAUCGAUCUCCUGCUGACUCAGCCCAAUGCUCGUCCCGUUCAGGUCAUGGAAGUAUACCACCGGAUACAGUCUCACUCAGUAGUUGGUAAUGUCAGAAAGUUCUACACUUCUGGCUUCGACCUCGGCAACGCAUUCGAAGGCUUAAACAUCCCAGUCAAGAACUUCCAGAUCUACGGCGAUCUUCCUGGCGAAGUGAUUGAGCGUCUGAACCGCAAGUUCAGCACCGGCGCUGAAGCAGACACCCCCCCUGACAACGACAAGUCUAAUGAUGAGGGUCCCAAGCCUGCCACUUCCGUCUCUGCUUCAUCCACCGUUGACUCCUCCACCACUGCUUUCACUAGCACAUCAACCUCUACUCCAUCCAAGCCUACCACUCCUCCACGCGACCCUACCAGCAAAUUCCGCAACAACCUCGAAGAUUUUGUCGAGAACAUGAUUGAGAAGAAUCCCGAGGACAAGAAGAUGACGGAGCUUGCAGAGCUGUUGGCUCGUAUUCCCACGUCGUUGUCAGACAGCGAUUUCAUCAGUGACAUGGUACAGAAAGGAGUUCCACGUCGCGAAAUCCUGUCUUUGGCCUGUAUGCUCGAUGAGCAAAGAAAAUAG